UCGAGGGUUCUUUACUGAAAAAUUCACAGCGCAUUCUGUACAUGAUCAGAAUCACAGCCUUUCAUUUACGAAAAAAAUGCAUGGACUUUCUAGUGUUUGCUGAAGUGAUCUUCUAAACUGUCAGCUAAAGCUUUGGGCGAUCGUAGUUGGAAUCUAAAAGUCAUGGACAAGGAGGACAUGUAUGAGGUGAUGAAAGUGACAGAAGAAGUGGAAACUUUUAACAGCCAAACAGAUAAAAGUCCUCCAAAGAAGAAGAGAAGCAAACCUCAUCAUCAAACAUGCAGCUUGGAGAAACCCAAGAAACCUAGGUCUGCUUACCUACUCUACUACUUUGAUGUUCAUCAAGUUAUGCAACAAGAAGUACCCAAUUUGCCCCAGUCAGAAAUCAACAAGCGCAUCAGUGAAAGCUGGAGAAGGCUCAGUGUGGCAGAGAAAAGUUACUAUUUGGAGAAGGCAAAGUCAGAGAAAGAGGGUACAUACUCACCCUCACCCAGUCCAUCAAAAGAGCUGCCAGGAUUCCGCAAGAUCCUCCCCAGGGCAAAUUACUUUGUCUUGGCCAAAGGCUGCUCACCUGGUCCUCAGCCAGGAGACGCAGUGCCAGAUUUGAGCAGAGAUUGUUCGGAUGUGGGAGCUGUCCAGCCCUCGGUCACAGUGAAGGAGGAGUGUCCCGCUUUAGGACCCUCUGGUGAAGUAGAGCAGUAUCCACAAGCUGUGAGUGUUGAAGCAGUGCCAGAAGAACCAGCUGACUCCAAAACACACGGGAUGCUUCCUUACACCUCCUUUACCAUUUUACCUAACACUGAGUCAUCUCCCAGUACUGUCAGUGGAACAAGAGUACAUGAAGAAACCCCACAAGUUGUUGCCCUAAUACCUACUCAGAAUUUGCUGGCACAAAGUUCACUGGGCAGUGUCACUGCUGUGGGGCCUGUAAUGAUGAUGUCCAGCAUUGAGCAAACCCCCAAGCCCUCCUAUAACAUGCCAGUGAAGACGUACACAAGAAGAGGUCGUGGUAGAUGUUCAAAUCCCACCUGUUCAUUUGUCUAUGUUACUCGACACAAGCCCCCAAAAUGCCCUCAGUGUGGACAGUAUCUGGGUGGCAAAUGGAUUUUUCAUGGUGAAAAGUUUGGAAAAUCCACCACAAACAAAGUUAGCAAUAAUGCUCAAAUUGGAAAUCAGGGUAAGAAGCCCAAAGUGAAAAAUUUUGUGAUGAAACAACCUACAGCUGAUAAAGAAGAAGUUGCGAAAAUCAGAGUACAAACAUCCCCUAGUUCAACAACACUAGGGGACACCAGCAGCAAGACAAUGGCCCAGCCAACACGCAUAAUUCACACAAGAACAAAAAAGCAGAAAGUAAUUGUUCAGAAGAAACCAGUGAGACCCAUUCUCCCUGCCUACUAUAACAAAAACAAUGCUAUGUUCAAAAUAGUUACCUCGCCGUCGAACAAAGAACAAAAUGCAAGUUCAAACUCCACAUUUUCAGUGACUCAACAGGCUCUAACAGGACUCAAACCAAGCACUUUAAAACAGUUGGGACAGGCGCUACCAACAAACAUGGACAAACAGAUUGCCCCUGUGUCCGUAGAGGGCCCUUCUACUGUUGCGUCACUUGACCGAAAAAUGAAUCUUGUGUCCGUGGUGCCUCUUAAACAACGCACUGUCACCAGCUUUAAUUUAGGGCUGCCUACGUCACGUGGUAGAGGGUGGUGUAAAAACCCUGCAUGCGACUAUAUGUAUAAGAACAGACACAAACCUGCAGUGUGUCCAAAAUGUGGCUUAUCAUUGAAUCAAAAAAAGGGCAUAAAGUCAGAAACCUUACUGGACCCAUACAAGGCCCUGAGUGCAGGCCAGAAAGAUAUCCAGCGCCAGUCGACCCUCCUUCUUUUACAGCGGUCGCUUCAAUUUGCUGAGAGUGAAGUUGAUCUGCAGGACACACUCAGCCUGAUCCAGGAGCUCAACAAUCUGCAGAUCAUUUUAGUUCAAGAAAGCGAUGCAGAACCAGAGGAAAAUGUGGAGACAGAGACACUGUUUGAGUCGGGCUGGCCGCAUUUCUUUGAGUCAGCCUCCACCCACUGCAGCCUGUGUAACUACCCUCUGUUUAAAGGGGGACAAAACACUGUUGCGGGGCAGGUGGAAUGUUGGCUCCUCACUGAAACUCUGAUGCACAGAGUUUCUCUUCAACUGAAAAUCUGUCUCAAUGUGCAGUGUCUGGCUCUGCAUAGUUUCACAGACAUCCAUCCAGGCUUGUUCAACGUUGGGAACAGAUUGCUGAUCAGUAUGGACCUGUUUUUAAAAAUCAGAGCCUGCAUCAAAAAUGGCCAACCUCCAGCUCAAGUCUUUGAGACCUUACUGAACCAUGUGUCCAAUCACCCAAUUCACACAUUGACCCCAGAGGAGAGCGGGCAGGUCCAGGAGCUGUUGCAGAGUGGAUACUGGGCCUUUGAGUGUCUGACUGUGCGAGAUUACAACGACAUGAUCUGUGGCAUAUGUGGCAUGGCUCCAAAGAUUGAAAUUGCACAAAGACAAAACAACUUACUAUCACUUAAGAAUGUAGAGUUCAUCUGGCCUGAGAGCUCGAACUCUGAUGAGGUGCUGGUGGAUGACUUUUGGCUGACGAUGGAGAGUGAGGCUCUGGAGCAGGCUGCUUUUCCCUCGGACGCCCCCAUCAUUAGAGUGGACGCUUCAAUCAUCGCCCCCUUUUUCCCCCCUUUAAUGAGGAGUUCAACUGUUAUAAACACAGAGAAACACAAAGUCUACGCUCCCAAAGAGAACACACCCGGUGAACCCUCAGUUUUGGUGCGUCUCAUUCAUGAUGGACAUCUGAGACUGGAUAAACUUGAAGAACACAGCAACGAAGAGUUGAGAGCAGUACUUCAGAAGUGUGGGGCUCACAUCACCCAGGAAAUGACUAAGGAUGAUCUGGUGGCAUCACUCUUCUCUCUGUACACACAAGUUCAUAAUGGUUUGUCUACAGCACCGGAGCCUAGUCCUCACUUCACAGCAGGCAAACUGUCCAAGGUCUGCCCUCACAAGGUGGUAUCAGGCUCUAAAUGCCUGAUCAGAAGAGAAUCAGCUCGAGACCACAUAGACCUGCUGCUGUCUUCUCUCUAUUGGCCUCCAGUAUAUGUGAGUGACUGUGCCCAGCAGGUGGCGCUCUGUGCUGAUACGCAAUACCCAGAGCUGGCUACACAGAUGUGGGGCAGGAACCAAGGGUGCUUCUGUGACCCUUUUGAAAAGCCAGAGCUUGUGUCCUGCACUGAACUACAAGAUGAGGUACAUUGCCCUGACUUGGAAGAAAACCAGCAUGUCCAUCCCAUAACCAGGUCAGUGUCCCGCUGGCUGGUGCAUCCUCCAGAGGGACCCCAAACUGAAGACCCCCCAACUCUAAAGCACUACUCUGUGCACCUGUGCAAAGACCUACAGCCAUACAUUGGGCUUUUAAAUGAACUGGACCAGGACAAACAAACAGAGGAUACAGACAAUUUUGACAAUACAGAAACUUCCUCUCAACAGCAGCCUGUAGUUUUUAACAAUACCGCAUAUUACUACCUCUACAAUCGCUUGGUGGAUUUCCUCAAUAGCAGAGACAUUGUGAAUCAGCAAGUCAGUCAAGUUCUGCAGGCUUGUCAACCCGGAGAGGUGCUGAUUCGGGAUGCAUUGUACAGACUGGGGGUGGCAAAGAUUGAUACAGAGAAAGAAGAGGUUAUAGACCAGGGUCAAGAGUUAGAAGCUGUAAAAGUAGAGCCCAUUGUGCAAACCUGAUAAAACAUAUUCAAUGUCAAUAUUACCCUUAAAAGUAUAUGAUGCUUUGGGACAUGAAUGACCUGUAAGCCCCUCCCACUGUCCUUUCAAAAGCUGGUGCCUAACUCAAUGCUCCCACACAUUUCUCCAUGGGCGGUGCUAGAUUGUAUUCUCCGGAGGGACGGUCUGCUGUGUCAUUUGUGUCAUUCAAGUGAUUAAGUUUAGGAACAAGUUUUUCAUGAAUACAGGUCACCUACUAGCCUUAUCUCAACUUACUAUUAAAAAAAAUUAAAACAGUCCAAAACAGUGUCACUUUUGUCCCUCGGGAGCUGUCGGUCUAGCACAAACUUUUAUUUAGGAUAUGUAUAAUUGUCUCUAUUCAUGAGUUUCAGCUUCCUGUAGGCCAUAGCUUGAGUUAAUCACUAAGGCAACUCCUAAUUUUUCAUUAUUCUGAAACCCAUGGAUACACAGUGACAACAACUGACAAUGGAGAAAAGAUGAAAUGAUAAUUAAAAAGAAUAAUCUCUUUUACUAAUACAGACAUGGAAAACAUAUAAAAUCUAACACUAUCUAUCACUAUUUUGAAUGGAAGUUAAAGAUUGUUUAAAUAAUAGUGGCAUGUAACAGUAAGUCCCAUAAUUUUAAAUACAGUGUUGAAUGUAUGAAAAUAUUACAAACUUGACUCUAGCCUUUAAGCUAAUAAUCUUUUUUUAUUGAAAGAUUGUAUGUAUUAAACCUCAACAUUGCCAUCUGUAGUGCAUUGGGGAUCUAUUAUAAUUGUUAUUUUAUGAGAUUUUACUUUUUAGCUAAACUAGCCAGUGCCAUGCCAGUGAACUAAUUGCUGUUAUGAAUGCAGAUUAUGCAGUAAUGAUUCAUAUUGUGGCCUUUGCAAUGUUAUAAAACUGGAGUGGAGAUUGUAAGUAACAGAGUGACCUCUGUUGGAGCACUCUCAUAGCUGAAAUUGUACUGUGCAAUAGUUUGCGUAUGUUGAUCAGUCAGCUCUUGUGCGGCAAAUAAACUGUUGCUUUCUGUGAAUGUAAUUCUGCCAUAUCCCACAUUAAGGCAAACCAUUAAGAACCCUGUACUGUAACUUUCUCAUAGUUUUUGU